AUGAUUAUCGUCACUGUAAACGACAGACUUGGCACAAAAGCGCAAAUCCCUUGUCUACCCUCCGAUCCGAUCAAGGUAUUCAAGGCAAUGGUGGCGGCGAGGAUUGGACGUGCGCCGCAUGAGAUCAUGUUGAAGAGACAGGGUGAGCGGCCGAUGAAGGAUGCGUUGACCUUGGAGGACUAUGGAGUAUCGAAUGGAGUUCAACUGGAUUUGGAGUUGGAUACUGGUGCCUAG